UAUAUUUUCCAUAUGAAUCAUAAUCUUACGAAUUGUAACAACUCAGCUUUUCAUUGUCGUGGAUAGAAUGAGGAGAAAUUGUUGCUUGGAUGGUGCCAAAACAAACUCGUCACAUAUUGUCUAGAAGUGUGGCGCACGUCGUAUUGUGGUCAAAUGUCAAAUGGAGUCAUUUCUCAAGAAAAAAACCUAGACUGUCCACACAUCCCUACUGUGAGGACUCUCAUUACCAACACACCCUGCCUAAAGUCGACAGUAAACAGUUCAGUAUGUAUCAGAUUGUACCAGUCGCCCCCAGGGAGCAGCAUCUGUCUGAGUGGGGUGAGAACUCGCCGCACAAGAAGAGAGCGAAUGAGGAAGCGCGCCCCCUCGUUGUUGCAAGCGUACUGGGCUGUGUGCUGGUUCUGGCUGCUGUGGUGGCCUGGUGCUACUACUCGGCAUCUCUUCGCAAAGCCCAGCUCAUGGAGACCGAACUGCUGGACCUCAACAAGGACGGUUUUGUCAUCCGGAACCAGGCAGGGGCUAUAAUUUUCGCCAUGACCUUCAGGUCUUCUUCACUGGAUUUAGACUCCUGCAUCCAUGAGCAAAGUAUUCUAAGGUGCACUCAGUCACAUGCGGGCAAGAUUAACUUUUUUAUCCACGCAACUCGGCCAAAGGACACAGUUAUGUGUUACCGUGUCCGCUGGGAGCCUCUGGAAGACGAGCAUACAGUGGAGCACGCCAUGGUUUGCAAUGGCUCUUACUGGUACGGAGGUGCAGAGUCCGCUAUCCAGCACUGGCCCAUCAGCAUCCGGGGCGAGAAGCAGCCGCAACCUUAUAUCACCAGUGACAUCUCCAUCAAUCGUAACGCUUUUGGAGGGAUUCUGGAACGCUACUGGCUGUCGUCCAAUGCGGUCGCAAUCAAGAUAAAUGAUUCGGUGCCGUUUCAUUUGGGCUGGUCAGAAAAGGAUAAGGCGCUUCACUUCCAGGCCCGCUACCAGGAUUCUCCUUUUAAACCACUAGUGGGCCAGCAGACCUUAGCAGAACUCAGCUACACAGUGUGUGCAGGAUCUGACGUUACCUCCAUUCAUAAAUACAUGGUGCGUCGCUAUUUCCCAAAGCCUGUCAAGGUUCCUUCUGCUGAUGUUUUCAAACACCCUGUGUGGUCCACUUGGGCUCUGUACAAUAAGUCUGUCACCCAGGAGAGGCUACUCCAGUACGCCUCCGACAUCACCAAACAUGGCUUCAACUGCUCCCACUUGGAGCUGGAUGACUGUUACACCUCUGACUAUGGGGAGUUUGACUUUGACCUGCAGAAAUUCCCUAACGCCAGCGGUAUGUUUGACCAGCUUCGACAGGACGGCUUUCGGGUGACGCUGUGGACGCACCCGUUUAUCAACUACGACUCGGUCAACUUUGGAGUCGCCGUUGAGAACGAGCUAUUUGUCCGCGAGCCAGACGGUGAGCUACCUGCCCUCGUUCGCUGGUGGAACGGAAUCGGUGGAAUAUUGGACUUCACCAACCCAGAAGCACGUAACUGGUAUUCCUUCCACCUGGCCAAUCUCAAAGCCCAAUAUGGAGUAACGUCCUUUAAGUUCGACGCCGGGGAGACAAGUUAUCUCCCCCGACAGUUUAGAACUUUAGUCCCACUGACAGACCCCUCCACUUUCACACGACGCUACACAGAGAUGGCCAUACCGUUUAGCGAGCAUGCCGAGCUGAGGGUGGGGUACCAAAGUCAGAACAUCUCCUGUUUCUACAGGAUUAUCGACAGGAACUCUGUGUGGGGUUACGAGCUCGGCCUCAAGUCCAUCAUCCCCACAGUUCUGACCAUCAGCAUGCUGGGGUACCAGUUUGUCCUGCCUGAUAUGAUAGGUGGGAAUGCCUCCCCGGACAAGAUGGCAGGAGGUUUAAAUGACGAGAACAAGCUGCCAGACCGAGAGCUGUACAUCAGAUGGUUGGAGCUGUCUGCCUUCAUGCCUGCUAUGCAGUUUUCUAUACCACCCUGGGACUAUGACCAGGAAGUGGUGGAGAUAGCACUAAAGUUCACAAAACUCCAUGAGACUCUUGUGGCCCCGAGAGUCCUGGAGCUGGCCAGCGAGGUCCUCAAGACUGGAGAUCCCAUAAUACGGCCCCUGUGGUGGAUCGCCAAUGACGACGAGGUGGCUUACAAGAUCGACUCCCAGUUUCUGAUUGGAGACGACCUGAUGGUAGCUCCCGUGCUGGAGCCAGGCAAGCAGGAGAGGGACAUCUACUUGCCUGCGGGAAGGUGGAGAAGCUACAAGGGUGAACAUUUUGUUAAGGGCCCCACGUUCCUCACAGACUACCCUGUGGACCUUGAUGAGGUAGCCUAUUUCAUUUGGGUUCAUUGAACUCCUCCAGGCCUUAAGCUGAGCCUCUCCAUGAUGUUUGCACUGGUGCUUUGUGAUGAAUCGCACACAUGCCAAAUAGCAGCAGCAGUUUUAUUUCCAGGGAACGCGACCACUUGGCUUUUGCUGAGAGUUAAUGAUGGUGAACACCCUAUACCUACGACCUCUAUUUCUACAGAUAUUGAUUACUUAAGUUUUAACCUUUUCUUUUAGUAUCACGCUUACAUGUCCUUAGUUGUACACUUCCUGUCGACAUCUGAUUUAAUUUGUGGGUUACAUUUUAAAAGUACAUGCUUCUUAUUGGCUGGCAAUCUGUCCAGGGUGUAGUCCGCCUUUUGCUGAAAGUCAGCUGUGAUAGGCUCCUGCUACCCGAGACCAUGAACAGGAAAAGGGGUAGAAAAUGAGUAGAUGUGUUAAAGUACAGCAUCUACAUAUUUGUUAAAGGCCUACUGAAAUGAGAUUUUCUUAUUUAAACGGGGGUAGCAGGUCCAUUCUGUGUGUCAUACUUGAUUAUUUUGCGAUAUUGCCAUAUUUUUGCUGAAAAGAUUUAGUAGAGAACAUCCACAAUAAAAUUUGCAACUUUUGGUGCUGAUAAAAAAGCCCUGCCUGUACCGGAAGUCGCAGACGAUGACGUCACAAGGGUGAGGGCUCCUCACGUCCUCACAUUGUUUAUAAUGGGAGCCUUCAGCAGCAAUAGCUAUUCGGACCGAGAAAACGACAAUUUCCCCAUUAAUUUGAGCGAGGAAAGAUUUGUGGAUGAUGAUAUUGAUAACGAAGGACUACAAAAAAAAAAAUUAAAUAGAAAAUAAAGUUUAAAAAAAAAAGGCGAUUGCAUUGGGACAGACUCAAAUGUUUUUAGACACAAUUACUAGGAUAAUUCUGGAAAAUCCCUUAUCUUUCUAUUGUGUUGCUAGUGUUUUAGUGAGAUUAAAUAGUACCUGAUAGUCGGAGGGGUGUGUCCACGGGUGUCUUGAGGCCAGUCUCUGAGGGAAGUCGACGUCAGGUGCAUGGAAGGCGCAAGCUCAGCUGAUCUCCGGUGAGAGGCGACUUUUUACCACUAUUUUCUCACCGAAACCUGCCGGUUGACAAGUGGUCGGGAACCAUGUUCGCUUGACCGCUCUGAUCCAUAGUAAAGCUUCACCUCCGGGAAUUUUAAACAAGGAAUCACCGUGUAUUUGUGUGGCUAAAGGCCAGAGCUUCCCAACUCCAUCUUUCUACUUUGACUUCUCCAUUAUUAAUUGAACACAUUGCAAAAGAUUCAGCAACACAGAUGUCCAGAAUACUGUGUAAUUAUGCGAUGAAAAGAGACGACUUUUAGCCGCAAAUGGUGCUGCGCUAAUAUUUCCUGACAGUCAGUGACGUCACGCGCACGCUUCAGCAUUCCGCGAUGUUUUCAACAAGAAACUCUGCGGGAAAUUUAAAACUGCAAUUUAGUAAACUAAACCGGCCGUAUUGGCAUGUGUUGCAAUGUUAAUAUUUCAUCAUUGAUGUAUAAACUAUCAGACUGUGGUCGGUAGUAGUGGGUUUCAGUAGGCCUUUAAAUGUUUAUGCUAUUGCAUAGGGUGGAUUUAAAAGGUUGGUGAAGAGAAACUCCUAUAUCAUGCCGUUUGUGUCUUUUUUGCCACUUUUGUAGCCUUGCCAACUAAGAUAAAGAAUGUUAAGCAGGUGUACUGAUGAAAGACGGACAUCAAAUGUUUGAUAAAGUAAACGCACAUGCCCAAAUGCCUUUUCUUCAACAUCAGCACUUGUCUUUUUAUUUUCAAGGUUCAAUGUUCCACUAUUUUCAACAGUUUUGAACUAUGUCUUAGAUGAGCCACAGUAAGUGUGUUGGACAAAAUGUAGCCUUAAUGCUUGAAUUUCAACAAAUGGGAACAUGCCAUUUUCGUGUUUCGGUAACUUAAAUGCUAAUGAGCUUUGUUUGUCCAAGAAGUGGUAUUGUGUGAAAGAAAGUCUAAAAAUUAAAACACGCAGCUCUGUGUCUGUAGCUGACUAUAUAAACAGAUAGUUGGCAAAGUUCCAGGCUUUAUUUUAAGAUGCGCAGUGAAGCCUGCACUUGAAGCCAAGACCAUCGAGCUCAGAGCGUGUCAAUGGUGUUCCCUUCAUGACAUCACAAAAAGCUGAGUUUAAUAGAGUUGGUGCUCAUGAACAGACUUCAGGAUCUUUUACAUUAUAAGGGACCUAAGGUGCCAAUUUGUUGGGGUCAGGGGUUGCAGUAGUACUUCCUUUAGGUGGGGCCAAGUCAUACAUAUUGACAAAAAUUAGGAAGGACUAUGACCAACCCGAAUUGAUUAAAUACUUUGACUUCCCGUUUCCAUGCUGGUGCCAAAUUGAGCGAAUUAAUUCUGCAUGAAGAACCUCUCCCAUAGGAUGGUUGGAGCUUAACUUCCUGUUGUUGGCAUUGUGUGCUCUAGAAGUUGAAAAUAAAUCAGCAGCACCUCUGCUGGUGGCAGCCAGUAAUGCACUACAGUUCGCCUCAAUAUAUUGUAUUCGAACGUGCUGCAAUAUACUUGAAAUGCCUUUUCUUCUAAGGAAUUGGGAUUUGAAAUGCUCCAUUUUUUAAGAAGGUUGUCCUUUUUUCCUUUUAUCUGUUUCUGUGGAACUGUUGGUGUUUGUUGCAAUGCUUUAAAUUAAAACAGCUGUUUUUUUAUGAAAUGUAUAAAGUCAUGCCUUACAUCCCGUUUGUCAAAUAUUCACAGGUAAAAAAAAAAACAUUUUUCUUAAUCAUUUGCGGUUGUGACUUUGUUCAUGAGGCUCCAAAAGAACUUUGAAUACAAAUAAGGACACGAUAAUUGAGAAAACGGUGUGGCGUGGCAUCAUUGUACAGUAGUGAAGUGAAUUAUAUUUAUAUAGCGCUUUUCUCUAGUGACUCAAAGCGCUUUACAUAGUGAAACCCAAUAUCUAAGUUACAUUUAAACCAGUGUGGGUGGCACUGGGAGCACGUGGGCAAAGUGUCUUGCCCAAGGACACAACAGCAGUGAUUAGGAUGGCGGAAGCGGGAAUCAAACCUGCAACCCUCAAUUUGCUGGCACGGCCACUACCAACUGAGCUAUACCGCCCCACAGUAUGAGUGGAGGUACCUUUUUUGCCACGAUAAUUACUAAAAUUGCGGAAAGAAAACAUUUUUGCAAUGAUUUGGGUUAUGGUCUUAGUUUAUUUUGAACAUGCUUACAGUUACAAUGUGGUUCAUCUAUUUUAGGAAAACCUCUUCUCCGUCUUAUAUAGUACAUUAGUUCAGUUCCUGCACUCAAUUAUCUAUUUUUAUCUAUUAUUUGAAUCACAAUUGAUCACAUUGUGUCCAUAACUAUAUAAUUAUAUCUCACCUACCAACAGUUUAAAAACUAGUCAAAUUAUAUGAAACCAUGUGUUAGUCACAAAGAUAAUCAACACCCAGGUAAGUCUGAUUACAAAAUGAAAUACUAUAUCAAAUAUACUGCAAAAGAAGAAACUCAAAAACUAUGCAAAAUAAAUGUACAGGCAAUAAAAGCAUUGCUAAAAUUAAUAUUUCUUAAACUGAAUUUAUAAUCAAAUUAAAUGCAAAUGGAAAUACAGCUUCACCACUUAAAUCAUAAUUUUUGCCCUUCAGAAACUUUUUUAUUACUUUAGGUACUUCUUCUGUUUGAGAUUGUCAUUAGUGCCACAAGUGGUGGAAAAUUGUAUUACAGCUCAGUACCGCUGCGACCCAUUCGGACCACGGCUGAAAAUCUGAUAUUUUUUGGCAGCCCAACAAUAGUUUUGAAACACUGCCUUGGAUGGGACUGGAAAAAUUGUUUGCUUUACAGCAUGGGUGUCAAACUCUGGCCCGUGGGCCAGAUUUAUUUGACCCUUUAGGCAAUAUCAAAUGAACAUUAGAACUGGCCCGCCGGUAACACCACAUUCGCCGCUAAUACUCAUACUUGCCAACCUUCCCGAUUUUCCCGGGAGACUCCCGAAGUUUAGUGCCCUUCCCGAAAAUCUCCCUGGGCAACCAUUCUCCCGAUUUCCACCCGGACGACAAUAUUGGGAGCGUGCCUUAAAGGCACUGCCUUUAGCGUCCUCUACAACAUGUCACGUCCUCUUUUCCUCCAUCUAAACAGCGUGUUGGCCAAGUCACAUAACAUAUGCGGCUAUCACACACACAUAUGCGAAUGCCAUGCAUACUUGGUCAACAGCCAUACAGGUCACACUGAGGGUGGCCAUAUAAACAACUUUAACAUUGUUACAAAUAUGCGCCACACUGUGAACCCACACCAAACAAGAAUGAAAAAACACAUUUUGGGAGAACAACCGCACAGUAACACAACAUAAACACAACAGAACAAAUACCCAGAACCCCUUGCAGCACUAACUCUUCCAGAACGCUACAAUAUACACCCCCGCUACCACCAAACCCCGCCCACCUCUUUUUUAUUUUAUUUUCAAAUUUGUUAGCCUUUGGAAAAAGUUAAUGUUGAUAUUUACCUCAGAAGGCUGCAAAUAGAAAAGAGGCAUUAUUUUUUUUAAUUACAUUUUAUUUAAUAUACAACUGAUGUUUUUUCGUUUGUUUUUUGAAAGUUGAUUUUGCACUAUUAUGUUAUAUAAGCUCUGCUUGUUCCAUGGGAGGAAGCCGGAGUCCCCGGAGGGAACCUACGCAGUCACGGGGAGAACAUGCAAACUCCACACAGAAAGAUCCCGAGCCCGGGAUUGAACCCAGGAUUACUCAGGACCUUCGUAUUGUGAGGCAGAUGCACUAACCCUACUUCCACCGUGCUGCCCUAUUCAAGCCUUGCUUGUUCAAUAUUCAUUGCAAAACUUGUUUAGGUCCCUAUUAAAAGGUUCAUUUGUUCAACCUUGGCCCGCGGCUUUGUUCAGUUUUAAAUUCUGGCCCACUCUGUAUUUGAGUUUGACACCCCUGCUUUACAGGUAUGCGCAUGUUUGUUUAUUAAACAUGAUUUUUAAACAGCUCAACACCAAAUGGACACAAACACACUUCCUGACAAUAAAAAAAAAAUACCUGCAGUGCGCUGGUGUCGUGUCAGAUAUGUCCCUGACAUAAUUUGUAUCUCCUACUGCUGGAACACUUGCAUUCAGAGGGGUUGUGUCUCACUUGCGUGUUUACAGUAGAUACUAGUUUAGUGCAUCAUUAACACAAAAUGUGGAUUGUCAUGAUCUCGCCUUGAUUUAAAGAAAAUUGGCAAUGUAAUGUUUUAUAUACCUGUGAUCAAUAAAUGCUUCUGAUAUUCUGUA